GCGGGCGCUCUCUGGUUCGCGGCCUCGGGGAUGGAUUCUCGGCGCACGGCUCCAUCUUAGAGGGCGGGGAGCGCAGUGCAGCGGGCGGUGCCGCCGCCGGACGGAGCGCCGGGCCCUUUCUCGGCCUCUCAGAUCUUCAUGUAACUGGCAGAAAUAUGGUUCUCCAAGAUGACAACUCCAACUCUAACACUGCUAAAUGGAGACUGUCUUCACUUUGACAUGAUGUGUGAAGUUUGUUAGCAUUUUUUUCUUUGUUUUUGUUAUUGUGAAAGGUUACAAAUGGUGUGGGUUUUUGUCAUGAAUCGAAUGAGCUCCCAGAGCAGUUCAUCCACUCAGCGUAGGCGAAUGGCUCUAGGAAUUGUCAUUCUUCUCCUGGUUGAUGUGAUAUGGGUUGCCUCAUCAGAACUCACUUCUUAUGUUUUUACAAAGUACAACAAACCUUUUUUCAGUACAUUUGCAAAAACAUCCAUGUUUGUUCUAUACCUCUUGGGAUUUAUUGUUUGGAAACCAUGGAGGCAGCAGUGUACUCGUGGAUUUCGUGGAAGGCAUGCAGCUUUUUUUGCAGAUGCUGAAGGUUAUUUUGCUGCUUGUGCAACGGAUAACACUGUAAACAGUUCUUUGAGUGAACCUUUAUAUGUUCCUGUAAAGUUUCAUGAUUUGCCAACUGAAAAAAAUGGCAGUAAUAAUAGUGAUGUGGAGAAAACUCCCAAAAAGCCUCGUGUAAGGUUCAGUAAUAUUAUGGAGAUUCGACAGCUCCCAUCAAGCCAUGCAUUGGAAGCCAAGUUGUCUCGAAUGUCAUAUCCAACGAUUAAGGAGCAGGAAUCACUAUUAAAAACUGUAGGAAAACUCACUGCAACUCAAGUAGCAAAAAUCAGUUUUUUCUUUUGCUUUGUGUGGUUCUUGGCAAAUUUCUCUUACCAAGAAGCUCUCUCAGAUACCCAAGUUGCCAUAGUUAAUAUCUUGUCUUCAACCUCUGGGCUUUUUACUUUAAUCUUAGCUGCAGUCUUUCCCAGCAACAGUGGAGAUAGGUUUACCCUGUCUAAAUUACUAGCUGUUAUUUUAAGUAUUGGUGGUGUGGUACUUGUUAACCUCUCUGGAUCUGAGAAAUCUGCUGGAAAAGAUACAAUAGGUUCCCUUUGGUCUCUUGUAGGAGCAAUGCUCUAUGCUGUGUACAUAGUAAUGAUAAAAAGGAAAGUAGAUAGAGAAGAUAAACUUGACAUACCAAUGUUCUUUGGUUUUGUAGGCCUGUUUAAUCUGUUGCUGCUGUGGCCAGGGUUCUUCCUACUUCACUAUACUGGGUUUGAAGCUUUUGAGUUUCCCAAUAAACUGAUCUGGAUGUGCAUUGUCAUCAAUGGCCUUAUUGGAACAGUUCUGUCAGAGUUCCUCUGGCUGUGGGGAUGCUUUCUUACCUCAUCACUGAUAGGCACACUAGCGCUAAGCCUUACGAUACCUCUGUCCAUAAUAGCUGACAUGUGCAUGCAAAAGGUGCAGUUUUCCUGGUUAUUUUUUGCAGGAGCGAUCCCUGUAUUUUUUUCUUUUUUCAUUGCAACUCUCUUAUGUCACUAUAACAACUGGGAUCCAGUAAUGGUGGGAAUCAGAAGAUUUUUUGCCUUUAUUUGUAGAAAACAUCGAAUUCAGAGAAUGCCGGAGGAAAGUGAACAAUGUGAAAGCCUCAUUCCUAUGCAUAGUGUCUCACAAGAUGGAGACAGUUGUUCAUAGACAAAAGGUAUGGUUAAUAAACUUCAAGCAAUACAGAGAAAGUUGUAAAAUGGAAUGAUGCCCAGCGAAGAGACAAUCUCCUGGAAAAGACCCUGAGGAAUCAUGUGUCAGUGCCUAUUCUGAAUUUGUAGUAAAAAUAAGAAGUUUCAGUUCUUUUGAAACUUUAAACUUUUUCUCUUUCUUGCUUUUAUCUGGUUUUAUAAGUGAACAAAUUUACUACAUGCCUAUCACUGUAGGGAGUCUUAUUCCAUCUGAGCAACCAACCUGCCUUAUAACACUGAGCUGGUGAAGUUACUUGACAGAAUCAAGAAAAAAAAAUGCUCUUAAGUGGUUUUUGGUUUUUUUUUAAACUCACAAUUUUGUUAAAUGCUGGACAAUAUUGUUUUUUAAAGAAUACUUUCAAAUGAAUUAUGUAAAUAAGUUUGCAGGUCAUCAAGUCUUAUAGGCUUUCAGAUAAAGAGCUAAAUAAACAUGUUACCUGUGGUGGGUACAAAUUAACUUUUUUAUGUUGUAUAAACUAUUUGCAUAUUAAUAGAAGAAAAUGGAAAAAUAAUUUAUUAAGUACAUUCCUGUAAUUACUGAGGCAGGAUCCUUUUAUGGUCCUGGAACACUACAUAUAUAUUGUAUUACACCAUUUUGAGGAACCUUGUAAUGGCAGUAGGUGCCGAUGUUUAAAAAUCUUUUGUUACCUAAGAGUCUAGAAUGUUUAAAAUGUUGGUGAAUGGUAAAAUAUUUCUAAUUACAGUUCCUUUGGUUGUAUAUGAUUCUCAAAAUCUAUGGUUCUUUUAAUCAGAAUGAUUCUGUGACCCAUUCUUUUUCCCAGUGAUCUGACAUAGAAAACUAAAUCUGGAAAUUUUCAUAUCUAUAGCUGCCAACUUAAAAAAGAGAUCAAGUUACUUGCAGAAUUUUUUAGUCAAUGGGUUGGCACUAUGGUAAACUGCUAAAUAAUCUGAAAGAUAAAGUUGUUUGCAUGGAUUUUUUUUCCAGUUGCAUUAAUAAAAUUUAUUCUUAAAAUUAAUAAUUUUCCCUAUAGCCUUUAUCUUCCUUCCACUGCAGCACUUCUGUUCUAUUUGAUUCUGAAAAGUUAUAAGUAAUUAUAUUCAGGAUUAUUUGAAAUUAGUUAGUGCCAUUUUCCAGCUUCUGACCUUUAAGACACUUUUAUUAAUUUUAGCUUUUGAUGAAAAUUUUUUUUUAUAAUUAAUGUAGGAUAACUUUUUCAGCCAACAGAAUUCCCCUUCCAUAGCAAGGUUGUUAAUAAUGUAGGGUACUUUGCUGUCCUUCCAUGCAAAUAUAGAGGGAUGACAUAAUGCAAAUGUCUUUUUAUGUGUUAAUACUCAGUCCUGGUGGUUUGGUGAUGCAAUUACUAGACAAGAGGGAGGGCAGGAAGGCAGCAUGCUUACCUAUAUGUUUAGAAGGAUUGAUUGGCCAGCAGCCAGAAUGUAAUGUAAAAAUCUGUAAGUAGAUAAGGAGGAAAAAAAAAUCAACAAUGGGGGGGCAUGCUAUUUUGGUCAAAUAUUGCACCUUUAUCAAUAUCUCCUUCCAAACUUUAAUAUUGGAUGACACUAUAAGUUUUGGUGAUGUGAUAGUAAGUCCUUCUUUGGACGACCAAAAUAGAAAUUUAAAAACCAAACUAACAAACAACACCACCAAAAAUUCCACAACAAAACAACAAAAAACCCUCCCAACAAAUACAAGAAAGCACAAAUCCAACUCAAACAAACUCACUGCAUUUUGACAAACUUUGCAUUUCGUUGCCCAAAACCCACAAGUGGAAGGGCCGAAAGUGAAGUGUGGAGAACUAAAUUUACAUCUGACUUUGGUAGAAUUUUCAGGGGUUUUUUUUGGUAUGUUCCUUAGUUUUUAGGGGUUUGGGUUUUUUCUAAAUUAUGAUAACUUAGAGGAUGUUAGCAUCAUCUUUUUUCCAAGAAGUAAUGUUAAGGCUUACUGGCAAUAAAAAGCUGAUGUCUGGUUUCAAUUAAUUAUAUGUUUCAGUAAGAUCAUAGCAAAUAUAUAUAAUACUAGGCAUUAACUACAAUUCUUAAUUAGUUGAGACUUAUGGCAUCAGCAAGUAAAGCCUGGGAAGACUGAGAUUGCUUUUAGAUGGGCAAUUACAGUAUUUUUAGCAAAAUAGUCUAAUACUGUCUUUUAAGUUGGUCAUACUGAUAGAAUUGGAGUAUCAUGGGCAAUUGUUGCUCAUGUUUGCCUUGUGUUUAUGGCUUAAAGUAAAAGAUCAUCAGUCUCCCAUGGAUGUCACUGCUGUUAACUUGCAUUAUUCAUUAGUUUGAGAUGCUAAUAAAAGAAGUACUAGGAGAAUAUUAUUCUCUCUUGACACCAGAAAUGUUGAAAAAUGGUUUUGUUGAGUAUGCCCAAAGUUAGGCCCUUCCUACUGCUGUUUUGUUGGUUUUUUUAUAAUAGAAAUCUGUUCAUCUGCUUUUUUUUCUUUUCUUAAAAAUACUUAAAUAUUCAAAUCUCAUGGUAUAGAUAGCAGUCCUUCUGCAUUGAAGUUCAGUUCUCUAGAGAAUAUGAAGCAAAGCAAAUUGUCCUCCCUGAAAGGAUUUUUAAACAGCGGUGCCCCUUGUAAUUACAAGAAAUCUGUUAAGAGUUUUAAUUAUGGAAGCCAUGACAUGUAACAUUGUUCCUGCAUUUAAUAGAAUGUGACGAGGUUUUUUUCUAUAAAAUCUUGUGAUUUUUAGUACAACAAUAUUUUAUAAAUAUAAUGUCUAAUUUGAAAUGUAAAUUGUAUAGCUCUUUAAUGGGUGCUUGGUAAAUGCACAAGAGAUUUAGCUUUGAUUCUCAGGUACCUCUGAACUAAUGGAGACAUGCUGUGUUUUUCUUCCUCAUGACACAACUGGAAUGUGAAGGAGCUCUUUCAUAAGUGCUUUACCCUCUGUGUGCUAGCAUAAAUUGUUAUUGCUCUUACAGUUUCAAUUUGGGAAUGUCUUUUACCCUGAUCUAUUUCUUGUAGGAAGCACAUACACUUAGAAAUAAUGAAUUUUUAUCUCAAUCAUUUCUUUAAAUGUCAUUAGAUGCUUAAGGAACAGUGAUUUUCCAUGCCAACAAAAUGGGAAAUGAGUACUACAUGUGUUGCUCUGUCAAACAGUUGAACUAAUUCCUGUAAUCCUAGGAGACAACUAACAAUUUCUUCUGUGUAUGUCUGAAGUUUCGGAGCUGUUUGGGUUUUUAUAUAGAGAGGAAAUAAAGAGGGUUUUUAUAGAGAGAGGUAAUUUGCCAAACACCAUGUAAGCAUGCUGUGGUUUUGGUGAGUCUUACUUUGAUGUACUGUGUACUGUGCUCCAGAACAAAGGAGAGAAAAAAAGGAUUUCAGUUUUUCUGGCUACUUUCUAUUAGGUUUCAGUCAAUCCUGAAAAUGUGCUCACUAUGAGGGGUUGCUGUAGAUGUAAUACUAAUUCAGCAAAGGACUGAAAUGCAUACAACAUCAGUUCUCAACAAUUGCUUAGAAAGCCUGGGGCAGAUGAAUGCCACUGCAAACACUGACUGGUGUUUCUGUUGUCCAGUAUGCACUUUUUUUGUUUGUUUGUUUUGUUUGCUGGCUUUUUGCCUGUGGUAAUCCAUAUGGAGGUGUGGGGGCUAUUGUAUGUGACUGAUCUGGCUUGACACCAGAGUUAGGUUGGAGUGUCCUGCAGACUCAAACUGGAGCAGGGCAGGUGAGGCACUGCCUGGGUGCCUCAGUGUGGGGGUGCACAUGGUAACCCCCUUCAGUGGAAAUCCAACCUGGUGUUCUUCACAUGACAAACCCUGGUGCUGCAUGUGGUUCUUGACCUGGUGUGCUGGUGUCUGCAUUGCAACCUCCUUGUACCAGCAAAUAGAAGAGCCUGCAAAUCACUUUUCUUCAUGCAUGCUGAUGUAAUGGUCAUUCUCUUUCACGAUCCCCAUCCUACCCAGGUACUGCCAUUCACACCUAGGAUUGCUUUAAAUGUGGUGAUAAAAUGAUUUCUUUGUGAUUCUUGGUUCCAGUUCUCUGCUGAAUGUUAUUAUUCCCUACGAAAAGCUGGUUCUGUCAAGGUAAUGUGCUAAACUGAUCUCUCAGAGAAGAGGGGGAAAACAGUUAAAUUCCAGUCAUAGGGUGAGUUUAUGGACACAGUUUCAAAUUUUGUAUUAAAAUAGGCCCCAGUAAGGCAGAGUUUUGCUUGUAAAUGAAGUUAAGAAGUGGCAUACUCGAAAAUGAAGAAACAGAAACUAAUGUUAAUACCACAUUGUUGAGUUAUAGGCCUAGCUAUAGGAUCAGUUAAUCAGUUUUAAUCUGAUUAAAACUUUUAAUCAGUUUUGUUUAUUUGGGAUAAGUUUUUGAGUUGGUUACCAUUUCUGUUAUCAUUGUCUUAUGUAGUGUCUGCAGUGUAGUAGUUAGAGCUGCAGUAGCAUUGAAGUGUUGAUUCACAAACUGUUGUUAUGCAUCAUUUUUUGUUUCUGUCUGAUCCAGAGUUACAUUAAUGCUGUAUUUUGUUUUACAUGGCUAUUGCAGGGAAUGAUUUCUCAGGGAAAUAUGGGUGAUACCAUGUGUUGUGAGAGCUCAUAACUAAUUCCUGCUUCUAAAAUUGCUACAAACAUUUUCAGGUUUCUCUCAAAACACUUCCCAUUACCAGACUGUCAUGUUGAACCUUCCUUAGGCUUUUCAGGUAAAUCAUGAUGUGAGUUGUUCAGAACCCUUAAAGGUCUCAGUAAAAUACAGUCUGCCCAACACUUUGUUACUUUGUGGACAAACAUGCAUUCUAAACUGAUGCUGCAGUUUGUGUGGUUUUCUACUUUAUUGUACUAUGCAUCAUAUAGAUUAAAAGUUGCACUGCUGAUUUUGAAGCUGUAUUUACAGCAUGGCAGUGACAUUAACUUUCAGGGGUAGGCAAUGCUAUAGUAAUACAUAAUCUGAUUCUAGGCUAGAGUACCAGUGUAAACUUUCCAACAUAAAUUUUAAUUUUGAUCAUCAGAUUUUUACAGAGUCUCUUCAGUUUGAGGCUUUUUGUUUGUUUUUCCAGUAAAGUUACCUUGGCUAGACUGGGAGUUGUUGCAAAGCCCACCAGAGUCAUAGACAACAUUAAUAAAAUAAAACUUUAUUGAAAAGAAACUUCAGUCAGGUUUAUGCCUGACCUUUAUGCCUUUGCAGUAUUUCUGUCUGCAGCAUACAUUUGGAGUGGUUUGCUUUAAGAUGUAAGUAAUAAAAAAUUUUGGUGCCAGUAAAAAUGGUAAACAUACCACUGUAACUGGUCACAAAAAACACUUCCCUGUAGCCAGCAUGUAGCUUAUUUAUCUAAAAGGCAAAUUUGUCUCUCUAUAUGGCUUUGCUUUAUAGUCAGCUGUAUGUUAACCAGUUAGUUGUAUAUCUCCAGAAUUUUUUUGUUGAUCUGAGAACACAAUUCCUAGGAAUCAUAACUCUAAAGAUCAGCUUCCUCAUGAUGAUUUCCAGUUUGACAUUUCCACUUACACUUUUCAAAGAGUGCAACAGGGCAUUUCCUCCCUGGGUAAAGCUACUGUAAUUGUAUUUUACCUGCCCUAGUUCUCUAUAUUGUUCUACAUAAAUCUAACAUUAAAAUGUGACUCUGCUAAGUUACCUGUGUUCUCACAGUCCUCUGAGUUAGUUUUGCAUCAUUACAUCUGGUAUAAGUAGGUAACCAGAGUUUUUCUGAAAUGCUUACAGUGAUGUGGAAUGCAUCCAGAAUGUCUUCUGUUUUUCACUUCUUACUUUUAAACAGCAUAAAAGGCUUUUCUCUUAAAAUUUUUAUAGAAAGUAGCUCUUUAGUUGUACAAAUGCAGAGUUGUUUAGCUACCUAUCAGUCUGUAAAUUUGCAUCCAAUGUUCUAUUUCCCUUUUUUAAUGAACUUUUGACUCUUCCAUCAGGGAAGGUGCACAAAUAUGUGUGUUCCACAGACAAAAUGUGAUGGUACUGGAAUCGCCUCAGAAGUAGUAAUUCAGGGAUGUUUCCAUAGUUUUUCUUGUAUGUUGCUGAAGUUUACCAACAGUUUUUUUAAUAAACAAAACAACAAACAGCAACCAAACAAAUUCCCAUACCUAUCAAGCUCUGAGGGAAAGCAGCCAUUUAACAUGGAGCUAAUUUUAUAAUAUGCCAAUUGCUGUCUUUCAAUUAGAGAGGUCCUUCAGUGUAUUGCUCAUAUUGCCAGCUCAAGUCUUUUCCUCCUUGUCUGUGUUACAGGUGAUGAUUCUUUUCCAUCUAAAUCUGACCUUUUGCAUGCCAAUUAAACUUGUUCCUCUUGCAGUGAGUGAUUUCUCAAAUAUUUUUAUAAUCUCUUUUCUUCUUCUUUCUGCUGUCCCUCUAGCUAAAGCUUUCCAGCCAAACAGUAUCCCUUUCCUAAUGGCAAAGAAAAACCUAUUAAAAAUAAAAUAAAAAAUCUUAAAAAUAAAUAAUCCUACUGUGCAGCAUGUGGGAUCAUCUGAAAAAAUCCCGAGGAUAAUUUCUUGCAUAGCACAAUUACAUAUAGUGCUUUGCCAAUAGUGUACUGCAUUGGUCUCUUUCUGGUUGAUUUUGAUUUAAUAUAGAAAGCUGAUAUUUUAAAUACUCAUUUCAUGUUGAAGCUGAAUGUUUAAGCUUGUUUAAAAAAAAAUAAAAUUGAGUAUAUCUGUUUGGAGGGAGAGUGUACAUACUGAGAAGUAUGGAGUGUGUAUUCUAUGUACUCUUCUCUGUAUUUUGGGGAUUUUAGGGUUUGGGGCAUUUUUGUGAAGUGUUACAAAGUCCCAUAUACAACCCAGUUACAAAUCAAUGUUCUGUCAGUUAAAAAUCAUGACAGGCUGUUAAUGCAAAGCUACAUUGAAAGUGUAGUCCUGGUCUGUGGUUAAGCUGACAGGAUCUGAAUGGAAUUAGAAAAGUGUAACGAGUGUGCAAUACAACUUCAGCUUUGUGUAGCUGAAGGGGUCCUGGUAAUCAUUUAAAAUUUGUAUAAAUUCACUUUGGAGUGCGUAUUAGUAAAAUAAAAUUGUUUAUGAUUGAUUAUUUUUUCUUAGUUACUUGUACUGGUUGAUUUGUGGAACUUCUAAAGCUUUUGUGCAUUAAAAGAUGCACAAAACCAGUAGCAGUUUUGAUUCUUUUGGGCAGUAUAUUUUGUACUAAAUUUCAGUGAAUUCUGAGUGACGACUUUAAAGCAGAAGCUGCUUUAACUGAAGAACUUUCAAGUGAAGAAAACUCGUUUACAUGAAGUCUCUGCAGUUUGCUGAUAAUUCAGAUGUGCUGAGAGCACAGCUACUUCCAGGUACACCCUCUGCAAAACCUCUUUGUACAUUUUCUUUUAACAAUUUCCUUAGUGAGACCAGAACCUGAGUUGCUGAAGUGUUCUGCAUUUGCACUUAAAUAACUGGUAUCAGAACGUGUUAAACCUUGAUCUGUUUCUGAUAAAAAAGAAAUGCAGCUUUUUUAUUCAAUUUCCAUUUAAUGAUAAGUGUGUUCAUGCAGGGAAAAACAUAUAAUGAUGGAUUGAUGUAGUGAUUUUAAGCCAAGAAAACAGCAGGAUGGCAGUAGGAAAGCUGAAAUGAAGAUGCAUGUCUCUUCAGAAACUCUGGCUUCUGGUUUCUUCCAUCCCUCUUUGUACCAAAUUAGUGUCUCCAUUAUUCCAGAAUUAUGCAGGCAAAGCAAGGACCAGAACUUUUACCCUUUGUUUUUUAAAAAUGAGCAUUUGCUUUUGCCUGGAGUAUCUUUGUUCUGUCAAUUCAUUUUCUGAGGGAGGCCAGUUAAAUGAGAAAUACAGAAUAAGUAUUUUUAAUUAAAAUUAGGUUCAAGCUAUUAAUUAUUUUGAAAUUCUCUAUAUUAAUAGAGAUCUAAUGAAUGGAAAUUAAAGGCCUUUAUUGCAAAUACUGAACAGUGCUUAUAUAUUUUUAACAAAAUCAGUAUAUAUAUAUAUAUAUAUAUGAGUAUUUGAAACAUACCUAAAGGUGAAAAUCAAGUAUUGUUCUUGUGUUGGUAGGUUUAUAAAUUGACAUUCUUAAGAUCCAACACCAAAACCCUACAAAAGGGCUAAUGAGAAGAAAAUGUAAUGUAUUCUGAUGAGCAGCCUGUGUAAUACAAUCAAUGGGUGUGAUGUUUUUGUUCUGUAUGAUAUUUAUUAUAUGUAAGUAAACAAUAAAGAUUAUAAAUCUUA